AUGUAUAGCUCUGUCAAAUCAAAAGUCACCUUAUGGGAAGAAUGUGGUGAAAAAUUUGAUCCGUACUUGUACAAAACGGAAUCUGACCCAUACAUAAUCAUUGUUACUUCAACCACAUUAAAAGAAUUCCGCGGAGAAAUUACUUUUGCAACCACUUGUGCAAGUAAAAUAUAUGUUAAUCUGAAAAUUGAUUACAUCAACUCUCUAAAAGAAAAGUAUUCCAAUAAAUCUGUUGGGGUGGAAACUCUACAAAGUGCUAAUGUUGAAACACUUCCAAUAGAGGAACAAAUGUUUCAGAAUAGGAUGAGCAUUUGUGAAUUGUUGGAAUCAGAGUGGAGCAUUGAUAUUCAGGAAUGCAUUGUUACGGUACGGGCCAAGAUCACAAAAAUUGACAACUCAUUUGAUUGGUAUUACAUUUCGUGCAACUUUUGCCGUAAAAAAAUCAAACCUGCAAAUGGUGUGUAUACAUGCCCUACUUGCACAACAGAUUGCAAGUUCCCAUUGAUGAGGUUCAAGAUUCACAUUUGCGUGGCAGACAAAACUGGUGGUACAACUUUAGUACUGUUUAAUGCUAUUGCCGAGAAACUGCUCGACACAUCUGCGCACAAACUGGUAAAUCGGCUUGCAUCGGGCGAUAAUGGUAUACCUUCCCAAAUAGAAAACCUGUGUGGCAAGGAGUUUGUGUUCAAGCUCAAACUCAACAGUUACAACCUUAAAGACGGCCUUGAAAACUUCACAGUUAUAAAGCAUUUCCCACUAGACGAGGAAUUGGAAUUGCAACACGCAUUAGCGAAAGAGAAAAAGGGUAAAAACAUAGUGGAUGAUGUUGAUGAACCCGAAAACCAGAAAGCUGAAGGAUUCAACAAGGGGAAGAAACAUGCCUCAGCCAAUGACUUUGACGACGUAGUGGAAGAUGACCUUGACAGUGAUGGUGUUACGAGUACGAACCAACCAAGUACAUCAACAAAACUUCGACGCUUGAAAAAAACUCAGGAACCUUCUACUCCAUCUUUGGAUAAGUUGGAAGAAUGGAAAGAAGACCAACACGCUGCUGAAGGUGUUACCAGAUGGACAAGAAGAUCUUCUAUAAGAACAAUUUGGAAGAGAAGAUUCUUAGAUGACGAUGAUUAAUGUUGGUUC